AUGGAACACAGUACGUCGUUGGUCACGAAAUAUAUGUAUGAAAAAUUUGCCUCGCAAACCGACAAGGUCAAGGCGGCUAUGGAGGAGAACCAGGUGGAGGCCACGGUUGCAGAAUUGAGGGAGAUAGUAAGCCGAGCCAUGGACAUGGACCUUGCAGAGGCCAAGCGAGCCAUAGCAAAUCUCCCCACUCACGAUUGGAUGGACAAAGGUGACUACCACCGGAGAGGAGAGUUGUACGACCACGUCUCGAUAUUCUUGGAGAAACGCGAGAGAAACCAGCGCUUUAUCAUUGCGACUGAGACCGAGGACGCAAAGAUCAAAAGGCUUCAAAGAGAGGAGGCCCUCCCGGGGUACAACACAUCGGUCUAUAGGUGGAAAAGUGUCACGACGCCGGGGGGGAAGGAAUUAUACAUGCAAGUUCUCCUCCUUCAAUCAAAGCACGAGAGACUGUUUGCAAAGGUGCCUCCCUCUCAACGAACAUACAAUGCAGUCUCAAACGAGUGGGACAUUUUUGAUGAAGUGGAUUUGCCACGAAAAUAUCUGCAAUUUGUGGACCCCCCUCCUAGGAAGGACGGUUAUAUCUACGACUAUCCUAUCCAAGCUGCCCGCAUCAAUCCCCAGUCCAUCAUCCCCGACAACGAUGUACCCCGUGUGGAAUCCGUUUCCGUCAUCCCAGAACCCUGUGUAGACUCUUCCUCGGGUGGUGCGACUUCCCCUCAUGAACCUCAGUACGAAACAUUCCCCAUGGACACGGAGGAAUUUCAGGAGGGGCCUUCCCAGCCUCCGGUACAUCGUCCAGAGCCGGGCCCCUCCACCAUGGAUACCGACACUGAUAAAGCUUCGAAAAUCCACGAUUACGAUUGGGACACCGCCAACCUCAUCUCCAACUUGCGAUACAGCUAUGGAUUCGUAGCCUCUGUAGUCCCGAAGAAGGAGGAUAAGACACCGGAAGGCUGGAAACACGCCUGUCAACACUUUGGGUUUAGGAAGGAUGGGGCAGAACAGUUUGUCUCAAACACGGAUCGUCAACUCAUCUGUCAGUUUCAUGACGGUUUGAUGGGGUCAACUGACCGUCCGCUCCCUCAAGACAUUCACGAUCUCCACCCGCAAAAUUACCUAUCCCUUCAAGUUUUAGGGAAUCUCAGCCUCAUCCAUCGGCCCAUCCCAAAUCUAUUUGUUUUCGCUCAUCACGACAUACAUGCACCUCAGGAAGAGUCCGACAGAAUGUCUGCUGAUUGGAGUAUUGGAGUCGAAACCCCAGAGGCUGCUUUAUAUGUCUUACGAGUCUUCCAGUCCCAUCCUGGGCAUACAGUUGUCAGUGUGGCACACAGACUUUUGUCCAAAGGAGUGCAGUUUCGAACUCUUGUCGGGCGUAAAAAUGUGGUUCAGGUGCAUCAACCCUACAAGGAAGUUACCUUUUACCGCAAAGUCAGCUACAAGUUUACCAACUACGACUAUGAGUCCUCGAUGCUGGCCUGUCGGCAGAUACUGGACCAACAACGCGGUCGUGCAGCGCUACUCAUGGGUGGAAUAGUAGGACAAAUUGCCAAAGAGUAUCUGAGCACAGAGUCUGUUCUCCAGGGCCCAUCAGUGGAAUUGCUGAGAAAUGGACGCGGAUAUGUCGCUAAUCCAGAGGCCGAGUUGCUGGCUUACUGCGAUGACGGGCUUACAGAACACGAUAUUGCGAUUAUUAUCGGGUCGUAUUCUCUCAUGACGGAUUUUAAAAAUCAGGUCGGAGUCAAGUCUUGGUUUCCUCCCCCGGCGGUAUGGAAUGAAAUCGACAGGAAUGGGAUAGGAUGGCUGGAAUGGACUGAACGCAACGAGUACUGGUACCAGACUAGGCUGGAAUUAAUUCAAAAUGGCAAAGCGCAACCUUUAACGCUUCAAGACUGGAAGAGCCUUCUCAAAAAUAAGCCAGUCCGUGUUCUAAGGGAAUUGGUGCGAGCUCGAUCAGCGGCAUUUGUCCAUGAACAUAUCCCCGUAACCAGGAAUCCUCGUAGAUAG